CCAUUGAUGAUCGAAGCUCAUUGGCACGUUCGCAAGGUCACAAUAUUCAACGAUAGAAAGUAGACGUUGAACCGCUACAGUUCAGCAAGAAAGACUAAUCAUUUAGUAUAUCAUCAGAGAGUUUUUUCAUAUUUGAGUCAUAAUUAGUUGGACAGGUUUCCCUACAACUUCUACGUACAGCUGCCGACGUUUCGACCUCUUGCAGCAUAUAAUAAACAAGUUUGCAUUAUGAAUUCAUCACAUCUGACAAAGGGCAGUGAAGCCCCUCCCCUUCAGCCUGGCAAAUUACGUCUCUACAGUAUGAGAUUCUGCCCUUAUGCUCAAAGGGUUCAUUUGGUGUUGGAUCAAAAAAAAAUUCCGUACGAUGUAGUUUUUAUCAAUCUGGGUGACAAACCUGACUGGUACCUGGAGAAAAACCCCCUGGGGAAAGUCCCCUCCAUCGAGUUACCAACCGGUGAUAUUUUAUUCGAAAGCCUGCUAAUCACUGAUUACCUCAAUGAGGCUCAUGCACAGAGUAAUCUCUACCCUGAUGAUCCCCUGCUUAAAGCCAAGGACAAGUUACUGAUUGAGAGGUUCAACAGUGUCAUAUCAUUGAUGUAUAAGCUGUACCUGGAGCCAUCUGUUGAUCGAGAAUUAUUCGAGGAGGCCUUGAAAGGAUUAGAAAUAUUCGAUAGAGAAUUGGGAAAGAGGGGAACACCAUUUUUCGGUGGGAACAAGCCCGGGAUGUUGGACUUGAUGAUCUGGCCCUGGUGUGAGAGAGCUGAUCUCAUCAGAAUACUCCGGGGCGAGCAGUAUGCCAUUCCACGUGAACGCUUCCUCAGACUGCUUCAAUGGAAAUCUGCAAUGAAGGACGAUCCGAGUGUCAAAAUCAGCUACUUGGAGCCAGAAAUCCACGCAAAAUAUAUGAGAAGUCGUCUGGCAGGAAGUCCACAGUAUGACAUGCUCGUUGAGAAAAAAUGACUACAGGAAGUGAAACACUAAGAACAUUUAUAUUGUCAAGAGAUUAUGAAGAAAAUACUAAACUUUAUUGAAUACUCAAAGUGGAUAUAAUCCAAGAAUAUAAAUAUUGGUCCCUGUUUACUUUA